CAGCGAAAGUAAGGAACAAAGAGGAGCAAAAAGAGAGCUGGAAGCGGGAGUAAGAAGAAGUGACAAGCAACGCUACAACGAUAAACGACAGAGGAGAAAAAGAAGAAAGGAAAAAGACGAGAAAUUGCAAAGAAGCAAAAAAAAAGGUAAAACAGAAAAAAUGUCUACGGAUGGUAAAAAAGAGGAGAAAAAGGGACAAGAAAAAGAAAAUCGAGAAAGAAAAAUAGAGGAUCAAAAGGAAUAA